AUGGACGCUUUGCGAAGCUUAGGUCGAGUAAUCGUAGCUUUCUGGAUCUUGUCCCAUCUCUCACUGCUUGCUUACUCCUCUUCCCCUCAGGAUCUCCAGAUCCUCAACGCUGAGCGCAGAAUUGACUUGUCCUCUCACAUUGUUAAGGUUUUCUUGACGUUAAAGAUUGCUGGGGUUGUCUUUCAGGUUGAAAAUACUGGUGCAUCUCCUGUUUCGGAAGUACUUCUUGCUUUUCCACCUACACAGACCAAAUAUUUUUCCAUAUCUUUGCUCAACCCAUUAAAUGCAGGUGAAACUGCAACAUUAGAAGUGCUUUAUAUAUUGACACAUUCUCUGGAGCCUUUCCCUGCAGAGAUAAACCAAGCAGAGUCUCAGUUGGUCUAUUAUCGUGAUAGUGCAAUAAUAUUGUCACCAUAUUAUAUUAAGCAGCAGACUACUUUUAUAAGAACACCUAGUACUAAGGUGGAAUCAUUUACAAGAGUAGAGUCCACUAACCGUGCUGGUACUGAAAUAAAGUAUGGCCCUUACAAGGAUCGCCCUGCAUACUCUUAUUCUCCAGUAAUUGUUCAUUUUGAGAAUAACAAGCCAUUUGCUGUUGUUGAGGAGCUUGUACGCGAAGUGGAAAUAUCUCAUUGGGGCAAUCUUCAGAUCACAGAGCAUUACAGGUUGUCACAUGCUGGUGCACGACAUAAAGGUGUUUUUUCGAGGGUUGAAUAUCAAUCUAGGCCAUCUUCUGGUGGAAUCUCUUCAUUCAAAUAUCUUCUAGCCAGACUACCUCCUAGAGUCCAUUCUGUCUUUUACCGAGAUGAAAUUGGCAACAUCUCGUCAUCACAUUUACGUAUAGAUUAUCUAAAGUCAGAUCUUGAAAUUGAGCCAAGGUAUCCUUUGUUUGGAGGUUGGAAAGCUACUUUUGUGAUUGGGUAUGGGCUACCAUUGGAAGACUUCCUUUUUGAGUCACCUGAUGGCAGGCGAUACCUCAACUUCACUUUUGGUUGUCCUCUUGCUGAGACGGUGGUAGACAAGUUAAUCAUAAAAGUUGUGCUACCAGAGGGAUCAAAAGAUCCUUCUGCUGUGGUUCCUUUCUCUGUUAAGCAACAUCUAGAGAUCAAAUAUUCAUACCUUGAUGUUGCUGGAAGGACAGUGGUGGUUCUUGAAAAGGAAAACGUAGUUCCAGAGCACAACUCUCCUUUCCAGGUUUACUACAGCUUCAACCCAAUUUUUAUGCUGGCAGAACCACUAAUUGGAGCUAAGGAGCCAGGACGCUUGUAUGUGAACGUUGGCAGUCACUCUGGGCCCUAA